CUUUUCACUUCUAACCAGUUUUCACUUCCGAAUAGGGAAAAGAUUCGAAAACUUGAAUCGAGGACUUUUUUCAAAAACUCAUAAAAAAUGGCAGAUCAAUUACGUUUUGAUGGAAAAGUUGUACUUGUUACAGGAGCUGGUGGAGGUUUAGGAAGAGAGUAUGCUUUGGAAUUCGCUAGAAGGGGAGCAUCUGUUGUUGUAAAUGAUUUGGGUGGCGAUAUAAAGGGUGGAGGCAAGAGCUCUGUAGCAGCUGAUAAAGUCGUUGAUGAAAUUAGAAAGGCAGGAGGAAAAGCUGUUGCAAACUAUGAUUCUGUUGAAGAUGGUGAAAAAGUGGUUCAAACUGCAUUGGACCAUUAUGGAGGCAUUGAUAUUGUUGUUAACAAUGCUGGUAUCCUUAGAGAUCGUUCUUUCCUCCGUACUAGCGACGCCGACUGGGAUAUUGUACACAGAGUUCAUCUCCGAGGUGCAUUUAAAGUAACUAGAGCUGCUUGGAGUCAUAUGAGAGAAAAGAAAUUUGGGCGUGUCAUCAUGACUUCUUCUGAUGCAGGAAUUUUCGGAAACAGAGGACAGGCUAACUAUAGCGCUGCUAAACUAGGUUUAUACGGAUUCAGCAACACAUUAGCUAUUGAAGGCGCGAAAAACAAUAUUUAUUGUAACACAAUUGCUCCAACUGCUGGAUCUCGGCUUACAAAGACUGUAAUGCCUGAUGAAGUAAUCAAUGUACUCAAACCGGAGUAUGUUGCACCUCUUGUUAUUUACCUAUGUCACGAAUCAUCCCAAGAAAAUGGCGGACUAUUCGAAGUUGGUGGUGGAUAUGUUACAAAAUUAAGAUGGCAGAGAGCUGGUGGAGCUGUAGUAAGAAAGAAGGGUGUUCAAAUGACUGCCGAACAAGUAAGAGACUGCUGGAAUGAUAUCGUCGACUUUGAAACAAAUCCUGACUAUCCUGUUAACAUAUCAACUGAUGGAGCUGGAAGAAUCCUCUCUAUAAUUGAUCAAAUCGAAAACCCCGAAGAUCCAAAUGCUUAUCCGAAUCCUGGCGGAAAGGGUCCUGAGGCAGCUAUUGGUUCAAAAAUGAGAAUAGAAAAUGUUGAAUUAAGCACUAGAGAUGCAAUGUUAUAUGCCUUAUCCAUCGGUGUUUCAACAACACAAGAGAAUCAUUUGAAAUUCGCUUACGAGAAUUCUGAAGACUUUUCAGUUAUUCCAACAAUGUCUGUUUGUCUGGCCUUUCCAGUUAUGCCAGGAAUUAUGAAAUCGGAUGCUGUAAGCAUCGAUUAUACUCAACUUUUGCACGGGGAACAAUAUACUGAGUGUUUCAAACCUUUGAAAUCGGAUGAAAAAUAUUCUAUUGAAGGAGAAUUGGUUGAUGUUUUAGAUAAAGGAAAGGGUGCUAUCUUUAUCACCGAAGCCAAAAUGUUUGAUAAGAAUGAAGAAUUGGUUUCUCUUAACCAAUUCACUACCUUCGUCAGAGGGGCUGGUGGAUUUGGUGGUAAACGAGAUUCGACUGUUGCUAAACAACCGCUUCCCACACCUGAUCGCCAACCAGAUGCAGUUGUUUCGGAAAAGACCAGUUUAGAUCAGGCUGCUCUCUAUAGACUUUCCGGUGAUUACAAUCCUCUUCAUAUAGAUCCAAACUUUAGUGCAAUGGGAGGUUUCGAAAAACCAAUUUUGCAUGGACUUUGCUCAUAUGGCUUUGCUGCUCGUGCUGUAUUGAACAAAUUUUGCAAUGAUGAUGUUGCCAAAUUUAAAGCUAUGAAAGUUAGAUUUUCAAAGCCAGUUUUACCAGGACAAACCUUGCAAACAGAGAUGUGGUUGGAAGGAGAUAAAGUACACUUUUGUACAAAGAUCGGCGAAACUGGACAAGUGUGUCUAAGCAAUGGUUACGUUAUUUUGAAUAAGGAUGACCGGUUGGCAAAACUUUGA